AUGGGUUCUAUACCAACUUCUGAUUUUGAUAUUAUCGUAUUCGACUUGGGGGAAGUACUGAGUAGGAUACCUCCUCAAGUACGUGAAGCGACAGAAAAAACUUCCAUACCGACCCUCAGACGCUUGACUUCAACAUCUGCCUGGAUGCGUUACGAAUGUGGUGAGUUUGAUGAAACGCAGUCCUACGAGAUGCUAGGAAAGAAAUUCGAACUCUCACCAUGUGCAAUCGCUAAAGUCAUCUCUGAAGCUCGGGAUAUCUUCGAAUGCGGCAUAGCGAUUAUUUCCUGGAUUCAAAAACUAAUAGAAGAGACGCAUGGUUCGCUGAAACUCAUAGCUAUAUGGAGAGUCCCAAUCCCAGAGUAUACCAUUCUGUAUAAACGAUGGGGAGAUGAGUUAUUUUCAAUGUUCGAUGAAAUUUUCACUUCUUCCGCCAUCGGAGUUCGUCAGUCAGACUUAGGACUCUAUCGACACGUCCUUAAAGCUAUUGGAAGGAACCCCCCAAAAAACAAUCCUCAAAGAUAA